GCUGGCCGCGUUCGGUUGUUCGGCUAGCUAGAAGGCCCCCAAAACGAACGAUAACAAACGGCCGAGUUCCCCCUCCCACACGCAGCGGAAGAUCGCGGGAAAUCAGACAACUCCGAAAAACAUCGGAUAACCGUUUUUAUUUUGUUUACCCUUUUUGGUUCGUUCUUAUUAUUUCAUUAGUUCUGGUAAUUUCCAACGGAACGUGUUAACAGCGAAAAGAAAUAAACAAGUAGCAAAUGCAGGCAGCGCAAAGAUAGCGCCAAAAAUUAAAAAACAAAAAAUAAACUGAAAAAGUGAAAAUCAUUGUUAUUGCAUGGAAAAUUACUACAGAAAUUUCUUGCAAAAGCAACUGCCAAAGAAGCAAAAAAAAGCAACUGAAUCCGAAAAAAACAAACUACAAAAUCAAAACCAAAACUGAAACAACAACAAGGCAAGAGCAUAAAUUAGAUUGGCCUCAUAGACGAAUAACAACGAACUCGAGCCGCGUAAACAAAUUAAACGAUGCUGGCCAUUGUUGUUGCUGCUGCUGCGGUUCAAAUUUAAAUAUAAACUAUUAUUGUUAUCUGUGUUUGCUGUUGUCUAUUUUUUCGCGCCAAAUGCAAUCGGUUUUCUUUUUUGGGGGGGAAAUUGCGUUCAGCUUACAUAAUUAAUGAGCGGCCGAGAGCGUAAAUCAAAAAUUCGGCCAAGAAUAAUUUAUGAAAUCGAGCAAAAGCCCAUGUCUCUUCACACCCGCGCAACUAAUUCUUUCGUUAGUUUUUUGUUUCGAAAGCGCUUUUUUGAUCAAAACAAUAUUUCAUCCACAGUUGUUCGUGUUUAUGUUUGGAACCCCUUUUCCGAUUUCUGGAAGAGAACAGACUGCAAUUAGUUACUAUAUGUUGUGUGUUAUCAGACAACAAGCGAGAAAAGAGAGUGAAUGAAAUCGGUCUAUCGGCGAUUCAAAAGACAAACACAAAAGGAAAAGUUACGGCGUUGCCUGCGCUCUAUCUCUUAACCAAAUAAACCGAAAUUAAAAGUGAUUACUAUUAUCGCUUGCAAAUAAAUGAAGGGAGUUUUAAUCCAGAGAACAAAGGUUACCGAAAUCGAAAUCAAGUGAGAUUUUCAGGCGGGAAAAUUGCCAAGUGCAAAAGUGUUUAAGGGUCAGCAAGUUCAAACCGACAAAUGAAAACCAAAAACAAGAUCAACAUCAACAGCACCAACUGCCAAUGCUUUAGUCACUCCAGUCAAGGAAUCGCCAUUAUUGACGAGAAGAACGUCCUGAGGAUAUAUAGCUAUACGUACAAGUGCUUGAAUCACAAUCCGCGACCUCGGAUACUUGGCUGAAUUUG